CUUUAAGUUUGUGCGGGAGCCAAGGUAAAGGAGAAAGAAAUGAGUCACUUUGAAUGAAUGCCAUGAGGGUAAUGAUUGAAAAGAUUCACAGACAAGGAAGCUUGCAGUGGCAUAACAGAAUACACCUGUUGGACGAACUAAAUGGCUCCAAAAGGCAAAAUAAAAAAAAGAAAUACAAGUGCUGCCCUUGUUUGUCAUCACCAUCUUUGCAGGAAGAUGCCGCUGGAGAGCAGCUUACACAGUUUGAACCAGAUGAAGAAAUUAAACUUUUAUAUCAGUUUGGAAGCUAUCUUGAUUACAUAGAAACUCCCCGAAAAGAUCAUGGCAAAGUGAAAGGCAAAUCCAAAAAGCAUGGAAGAGAAUGGAAGACACAGGAAAUGGAAAGGAAAAAUAAGCCUGAUCUUUGCAACAGAAAGGAAAAUGUGGGUUUGUGUGAAGAAAACACUGCCAAUGACACUGAUCUUAAAAAGAAUAAAAUUCUUAAAAAGAACAAACAUGAUACUAAAGCAAAAAGUCAUUUGGAUUCAACAAAAAAAACCUUUUGCAAUAAGCAAAACUCCUUUGUCCCCUGGCCUUUUGUUGAAAAGAAAGCAAAGAAAAUAAAGCUAUUUCAAGAUAACAAAGUAAUUGAUGGUAAUGAAGAGAGCUCUAAAGAGGUAUAUCACAAACAAUAUUCUAAAAAUUCCAGAAUGGUUCAGAAGAAUAAUACUCAAGGCAAACAAAAACGUCUUUGCCUUCCCUCAUCACAUAAUUCUUUUGUAACUGAGAAUGGUAAACACAAUGAAUUAAGUUGUAGAAAUAGUUCUUGGUCUCAGACAACUUGCAAACGUGAAGGUCUUGAUUCUAGUGUGCAUUACUUUAGUGGUGGAAUCAUAGCAGGUUUUAAAAAGCAUAGGAAAUUGGAUAAGGAAGUCCCUGUUGGCUGUUUACUAGGCUCCAACACUACUGAAAUAAACAGCUGCACUAGUAGUACAGAGCCUCUUUUGUCAUCUAGUCCAGCAGCUCUGGAAAUUAAAACUUAUGACUCAGAAGAUGAAUUCAAUGUGGAAACCCUGAGGGAUAAGGCAGCUUCUCAUAUGAACUCAAAAACUGAAGCAGUAUGCAGCAGCGUUGAUCUUAGUCAAGAGCUUUUUAUAACCCAGAAGUCUUUUUUACCAGUGCAAAUUCCCAAUAAUAGCAGUACUUGCUUAUCCCUCUACAGUCAAAACCAUGCUAAAGAUGCAAGUGUAGAAAGAAAGUUUAAACAAAAAAUCUCUACAGAUACUUUAGAAUUUUCUCAGAUGUCUUCAAAUAGAGAAACAUGUGAUGAACACAGUCAGUUUUCUCAGAACGGUUUGACACCAAGUAGGGGUAGGAAGUCAGCUACAAGAGAAUGUGCAAUUCAGACAGAAGACUUUUUCAGCUCUCCAGCACUUGCUUCCUCCUUAAGAAUGAGAGAGAGAUUUACAGAUUGCCAUGAACAACCACUGGACCUCAGUUUGCCUUACAGAAUUAGGUCAAGUGCUGAGAAUACAGGAAGGCUGUCCUUGGGGGGUGCAGGUGAUGGUGUUCAUGUAUCUGCCAAACACCCAUUAGAGCCUGUGUGUCAUAUAGAAAAUCAUCCUGCUGGUCCAGUGUUUGAGGAGGAAAGAGAAAAUCAUGUGUUCACUCAGUCUCAAAAAUCAGAUGAGGUGAAAUACAUUCAGAUGCUGCUUAAUUCAUCCUAUUUCUUUAAAGUGAAAGGUGAUUCAGAUAAUAUAGUUUCUAGAACACAGUUAGUGAAGCCAAAGUUAGGAAACAAAAAAAAGAAUAGUUGUAGACAGUACAAGACAGGAGAAAUCCUAGCCGAGAAGGGUAUUAGUCCUACACAUCUGAAUAAAUAGUGUGCCUAUAGACACAUUCUUUAUAUAUUUUUUUUCAAAGUGAUUUUUUAUUUCAAAGACUGCUUUAUUCAUUAUUUCAGAACAGCAGAAGAUAGCAGGUAGGCUGGAAAGAAGUACAUUUGAAAUUAUAGCAGGUAAAGUUUUAAUUUACUUUACUGAAUUCAGCCUUCACACUGGGCCUUUUCCCCACAAUAACUUGCAUAACUUACACCAUCUGUGCUGCUUAUCUAUUUUCACCUAUCACCUGUUAAACUACACUCAUGUUGUAGCUUUAACUUUGGACCAAGUAAUCCUGUGUAUUAUGUAUGUUGUGAGAACAUAUCUUCUCAUAAAACUUCAAAGUGAAUAGUUUAACGAGAUCCUCAAAUGAAUCAUAUACUACUCAGUUACUAUGUUGUUCUAGGUUAGGGUUAGCUGUAGUCUAAGUCUGUAAUUGAAAAGAAAGUUGUUUUAUUUCCCCCAAAUUUAUACUGCAUAAUUCAAAUAAAUAGGGAAGGUGUUUAAUCAAACAUUACAAAGAAUGUAAUGUUUUUUUAUUGGUGCACCUAUAGCAGCACCUAUAAUGGUGAACAAGGACAGUCAUGAAAAAAGACACAACUGUGUAUCUCCUGGUGAAAGAAUGACACCUUCAGGUUCUGACCUAAUUUAUUGUAGAGUAGGUCAGGUAAUAUUUUUUUUGUUUCCCUUUUCUAGACAUACCUGGCAAGCUGGCACUUAUCUAGAAAUGUGUGAAAUACUGGUUGUUCUGGGUUGCCUCAAUCAAAUGCAGUACUGUUCAGAUUUUUUUGGUAUCUACUUGACUUCAGAUUUGUUGUUUUUAUUCUUACAGUUAAACCUCCAGGUUUCAGAGCAUGAGAAAUAAAUAUUUUAAAAUUAAAACUUAUGUAAUAGUCCUCCAGAUGACAGCGGUAUUAAGAAAAAUAGUUCACUGUGUUAAUUAUUCUUCAUACAUAUGUGGUAGAUUAUAUAUUCUUACCUUCUGCAUACAUAUAUUAUAAUAGUUAAUUAUAAAAAUGUAUAGCAUUUUGAAAUUAAAUAUUGCCUUUUAUUAAACAAAA